UUGAUACCAGAAGAAGAAGAAUGCGAAGCUCAUUUCUGCUCAAUUCACUAUCGUGAGCAGACAGGGAGAUCAAACUGAGCAUCAAAGAAGAUCUCAACAGUCUGGCCAGACUCUCAAUACCACGAUGGUUUCGCACCUAUAAAGACUCAACGGUGGAAAUCCACGGCUUCUCUGACGCAUCUCAACUCGCCAUGGUGGCAGUAAUUUACAUUACUGUUUCUACACGGCUCACGCGCUCAUUGACGUCACUAGUUUGCGCGAAGACUAAGGUCGCGCCUCUCAAGAAACUCACGAUCCCACGGCUAGAACUCACCGCAGCGCUGCUUCUCACAAAACUUGCAAGAUAUGUUUCAGAUACUCUCCAAGUACAGCUCAAGGCUACGCAUCUGUGGACGGACUCAAAUGUCACACUCACGUGGAUCAAAUCACAACCAGGACGUUGGAAGGAGUUUGUCAGGAACAGGGUAUCGCAAAUUCAUGAACUCGCCCCUGACGCACAAUGGAGACACGUUCCUGGCACUUCCAACUCUGCUGACUGCGCAUCGCGGGGCAUCUCGACAGAUCAAUUAGAGAAACUCAACCUCUGGUGGGAGGGUCCACAUUGGCUGACGCAGCCAACAGAACAUUGGCCAGCUCAACCAGCGCACGCAGAAGCAGUGGCAGAAUUAGAAGUGAGACCCAAUGUCUCUCUCAUCAUCACAGCUCCAAAGUUAAGUUAUCAUUGGGAUCUCAUUUACAAAUAUUCGUCACUUAUUAAGCUCUAUAGACUCACUGCGCUUUGUUCUAGGCUAGUUGCUCGAUUACGCGGAAGACUAGAAGAUCCGCCAGUAGUCCUCAUCUCAUCGAAGGCCAUGGAAAAGGCCAAGCUCUUUUGGACGCAGGCAACCCAGCAACUGUUCUACAGGCAGGAGUUGAAGUUGCUCAGCGCCGGCUCCACGUUGCAUUCAGCGCAUCCCUUCAAUCGCCUGACAGCUUUCAUCGAUUCUGAGGGAACUCUCAGGGUUGGAGGAAGACUAGCUCAUGCAGCGCUAACAGCACAAGAAAAGCAUCCUGCGAUUCUUCCAAAGGAGACGCUAUUGACGAAGCUCAUCAUCAAAAACGCGCACAAGAGCACUCUGCACAACGGGACUCAGCUCACACUAGCCUACAUCAGACAGGCUCAUUGGAUCAUCAGUGGACGAGCACCGGUGAAGUCUCAUAUUCUCAAGUGUGUUAUGUGUGCUCGGCAAAGGGGGAUCCGUGCUCAACAACUGAUGGGCCAACUACCUCUUUGUCGAGUUACACCGUCAAGUCCAAGCGACAACGCUCAUUGCGCAAAUUGAAGCUGUGCUCAACUCCAGACCGCUCGAGCCUCUCAGCGACGACCCUGAAGACGUUUCCGCAUUGAUGCCAGGACAUUUCCUCGUCGGAACAGCUCUCAAUUCAAUUCCGGAGCCGUCUCUGCUAGACAUCAAGGAGACUCGACUGUCCAGCUGGCAGCGCAUACAGCAACGGACACAACAGUUCUAGAAACAAUAGUCAGCGCACUAUCUCCAACAUCUUCAGGCAAUCUCCAAAUGGCAUCACCCAUCUCAUCAGCUCAAAGUCGGUGCACUGGCACUGAUAACUCACGAACACUUGGCUCCCAGCAAGUGGCCACUUGCCAAAGUCACUGCAUUACACCCUGGCAAGAACGGACUCUCUAGAGUCGCUACGCUCAAGGCAGCGACUACAUCACUGGUGCGACCAAUCCACAAACUCAUCAUCUUGCCGACUCGUCAGGAAAGAGAGGAUUCAACAUUUCAACAACAAUGACUUGUUGAUGGCGGGCGGAAUAUUUGCGAAUCGGCUUUCAAAUGACGCGCAGGGAGGCUCCCGGCGUCCCAUCGAUCAGUCAUCGAUCGACAGCGGGCGCUCUUGUCCAGCAGACAAGAGUUCGGCCGAAUUUCGGAACGCGCAACGGUCGCGUGCUCACGCCACGUGCGCUGAGUCGCCAUUGUGAAUCUAGUGUUCAAAAUAAACGGAUCGCGACCAGACUUUUUGGACAUUUUUACCAGCCUACCUCAAGUUCAGCUCAAAUUCAUAGUUAAACUCAUCCCAAAGUGCGGUAAGGUGAAGUUCAGCGCAUCAGCGCAUCAGCUCAGCAACCAGCAGGCGGCUGAAUUUAUAUAUUAACACUUUGCCGACCGCAGACUCCGCAUCGCCUUUACGCUGCCGCCGGCGAGAUUCACACAGGUUCUACUGCUCGCUAACGGUGGUGGUAGAGGAUUGGAUUGAUGUACCCCGGCGGUCGUUUGAGGUGUCGGGACUUCGGUUCUAGUAUCCGAAAUCAGUCUGGGGCCAUCUAACUCAUUGCAAGCGUUCACCUCCUAGUGGUUACCACCGUGAGUACCUCAUAGCCACGGAUUAGUCCGUGGAUAUCGAGGGAAACUAAGUAAUGCCUCUGCGACUUGCCUAACAGCAAGGCGGCUACGGCGUAAGCCUCUGUUGGUAGUCUCAACGACCCAAUCAUAAUCCCACUUCGGUGGUUUUAUGAUUGGUACGAGACGGUAGGGGCCCGGGGAUCUUGCCUUAAUCGGCCGGAUUGCGAGUAUGGUAACUCUAUAAAUUGCCCCCGAAUCCUAAGCUAUGGUGCGUAGCGAUGGGAUGUGUGGUUGGGUGGGCAGCCCCAAUCCCAAGCGACCAACCUGAGGAACCUGCCGAAACCCCAAUGUACUAGGCUUGCCCGGGCAAAGGUGGCUCUGGUCGGGUGGACCUCCUUUCCACCACACUCGUGGGAACAACUAUGAGUAUUUCUUUAAAAUCCAAAAAACCUAAGACGAAGAAGGAGGCUGCAGUCAUUAGCAGCGAUGAAGAGGGGCGAAUGGAAGUGGAUACAGCGCAGGUUGUACUUACCCCAGUCGCUACACCUAGUGGAGGAACUACCCCUAGACUAGGGCAUAGUCGUACGAGUUCGAUCUCCUCUAUUACAGAGGAGGUUGGUACUCCACUUUUGGCAAAAAGGAAAAGAUUUGACACCUCGAGAUCGGAAAUCGACUCGCAAAAGCCCGCUGCUCCACUUGAUGAGGUGAGAAAAGAGAGGGAGGAACUAGAAGCUUAC